ACAGCAGAAUGUUUUUGUUUUGAUUUACCGCUUACUCAUUCUUUCGCAAUACAGGUAUCGUUGCGUGCUUUAUUCUAUUUUGCUUCUGAUCCGAUAAACAAGCCCCCAUCUGAGCUUUUUUAAUAAUUCACAAUGGAUGAGAAUCAGUGCCGAGAAUUGCUAGCAAAUUUACAGCUUGAGCAAACACGAAACAUCGCAUUGACAGAGAUUAAAAGCACACUGAUCACUGCCAAUAACUCGGAGUUGUCGCAGAACUUUCUCAAGUCACCGGAGCUGUUGGAAUGUUUCGAAAACGCAAACAGUGAGCAGACUCUGUUGGUUACUGACAUUUUGUCCAUCUGCAUGAGUAACCUGUCCAUUGAUGAGCCAGCCGAGGUUAAGAACGUGAUCGAAAAAUCGUUGAGUCAUGCCAACCCUAAAGUUCAAGUGUUUGGUUUGCGUGAGCUACACCGACUGCUACUGGCGCAGCCGGACUCAUUCGCAAAUGAAUCCGUGAUUUUAUUGGUUAUCAAGUGUCUCACAUCGGACGAUACUAGCGUCGGAACACCGUCUAUUGAUUUGCUCGUUCUGCUGCUUCCGCGGUUUGUUCAUCUGCGAAGUAUUCAGAAAAAUUUGGAAGACGUAUUGACAAAAAAAGAUAUCGUACGUUGCCGUCUUUAUGAGGUGGCCGUCAAAGUUGGUAGCCAGUCACCUGCGUUAUUGGACUCGAUGGAAAAAGUGUUGCACAAAUCAGUGCAAGAACUGGAAGGAGAAGAUAUUCUCUUACAGUUGAACGUACUGCAGGUGCUGUCCGAAUUGGCUCUGAGCGAUCACGGAAUGGCUUAUCUGGAGAAUAAUGGCGUGUUCGACAACUUGAUGCGUAAAACUAAUCAACUGGAUGAAGACCCCCUGGCAGCGAUACUGAUUCCAGGGUUGAUGAGAUGCUACGGAAGUAUUGCAGCGAUUCAUCCGGCAAAAAUUUACGAUGGGUAUCCUAAGAUUAUCAGUUUGUUGUUCGAUUGUCUGUUGUCUGAAGAUUUCUCGGUUUUACCAGUUGCUUAUGAUACUUUGGGUUACAUCGCCCAUCCAAGUGAAGGAAAGCGUCAAAUUCAUUACAAGCACGGUGCUCUUCUGAAGAAAACAUUAAAACAUUUUCACACCAUCAUUCGAAAUCUACCAAACGAAUUAAAGCUUCGACUUUUGAGUUGUCUUCAAUCCCUGUUCUCCGUCGACACGACUGUCAUCGAUAACCAAAUAACCACAAUAACACAAACCUGGUAUGAUUACUUGACGGAACAAGAAAAUCUCAAUCUCGUGAUGGAUUAUAUCCGCAAUCCGUUUCCUGACAUGAGGCGUUCAGCACUUGCGCUUUUGAAGGCUAUCGUGAGCCACCGAUGGGGUCAGCUUUACAUGCUGAACACGGGCGGCUUCGUUGAGUACAUUCUAGAUCGAAAACAGGAAGUCGACAAAGAUGUUAUACUGGAAAAGUAUGAAAUAAUUCGACAACUGGCUGAGUCGACCGUCUUCGAUCAGCAAACGCAGGCCGAGCUUAAGCGAUACGUUGCGGAAGGCGCUUUCUUCGUACAAGGUGUCACCGAGGUUGCCAUCGAAGGAGCAUCCUAGGCGUUUUGCUGUGGACAAUUCACUUUGCAUUCAAAUAAUGGUUUUCUGCCAGCCUCUCGGGUGGUUGAUGUUAUUUUGUCAAAUAUAAUCCGUUAUACCUGAAGACAGGCACGAUCACGUAA